AUGGCUCUAACGUUCAAGGCCUUGAGACAACCGCCACAUUUGAUCCACAGACAGAUCAGUUUAUCAUUCACAUGGUGGCCUGGUGGCUUAGGAAAAGUUUCUACUCAUGCUGUGGUUUAUGCUCGUCUCAUAACGAAUGGCAAAGACCAUGGUGUUCAUGGAUUCAUCGUGCAACUACGAAGUUUGGAUGAUCAUACUCCUCUUCCGGGUAUAACCAUCGGUGAUAUUGGAAUGAAGUUUGGAAACGGGGCAUAUAACUCAAUUGACAAUGGUUUUCUUAUGUUUGAUCAUUUUCACAUUCCUAGAGAUCAAAUGCUUAUGAGACUGUCAAAAGUUACAAGAGAAGGAAAAUAUGUAUCAUCAGAUGUUCCAAAGCAAUUGGUGUAUGGUAUUAUGGUGUAUGUGAGACAGUCCAUUGUGUCAAAUGCUUCCACUGCGCUGGCUCGAGCAGUCUGCAUAGCUACAAGGUAUAGUGCAGUUCGAAGGCAAUUUGGUUCACAUAAUGGUGGAAUUGAAACACAGGUGAUUGAUUAUAAAACUCAGCAGGACAGGUUGUUUCCUCUGCUUGCAUCUGCAUAUGCCUUUCGGUUUGUAGGGGAGUGGCUGAAAUGGCUCUACACUGAUGUAACACAAAGACUAGAGGCCAGUGAUUUUGCAACAUUGCCUGAAGCUCAUGCAUGCACUGCAGGAUUAAAGUCAAUGACUACCUCAGCCACCUCAGAUGGCAUUGAAGAAUGUCGUAAGUUAUGUGGUGGACAUGGAUAUUUGUGGUGUAGUGGCCUUCCUGAGUUGUUUGUUGUAUAUGUUCCUGCUUGCACAUAUGAAGGAGACAAUGUUGUGUUGCAAUUACAGGUUGCUAGAUUUCUGAUGAAGACAGUUUCACAAUUGAGUUCUGGAAAGGUUCCUUCAGGGACAGUUGCUUAUAUGGGCCGAGCAAAACACCUAUUGCAAUGUAGUUCCGGUGUUCAAAAAGCUAAAGAUUGGUUAAACCCUGAUAUGGUGUUGGAAGCUUUUGAAGCAAGGGCUUUGAAAAUGGCUGUUACUUGUGCUAACAAUCUAAACAAGUUUGAGAAUCAAGAACAAGGAUUCUCAGAACUCCUGGCUGAUCUUGUUGAGGCUGCUAUUGCUCAUUGCCAGUUGAUUGUCGUCUCUAAGUAA